CACGAGUGAAAAGUGCGCGCUGGCUUUUCUCCUCUAGCGACGUGCGUAAGAACCACUGCCACAGUCCUCUCCCAGCGCGCCACCCAGCCGCCGCGCGUCGUGCCGCGCAAGGAGAGAACUGAAAAGCCUGACCCAAAAAGAGUGUGCCAGAGCGCGCUACUCCGCCGACGCGCGCCGCUGCAUAACAGCCAUGAGCCAGAUCCCCAGCGCGAGCGACCGCUUCGGGCGGAAGAACAGCGCGUCAAUAAAGACGCCCGCGUGCCGCGCGAGCUCGAAAGAAAUAGAGAUAGACACCGAGGAGGACAAGCAGGACCCGGCGGCGUGGCGCGACGAGAUCGUCAGGACCAUAUUUGGGGACGUCGGGGCCAUUCGGAGGGACUUCUCGUGCGCCAUCGAAAGGAAAAUACUGUUGCACGGUAGACUCUACGUCACGGAGCGGUUCAUCUGCUUCUAUUCCAACUUAUUCGGCUUCGAGAAGAAGAUCAAGAUCCCCUAUUCGCACGUGACCUGUGUUACGAAGGAGAACACGGCGGUGUUCAUCCCGAAUGCCAUUGCAGUAAUUACCGCAAGAAAAGAGUACGUGUUCCGGAGCUUCUGGGACCGGGACGACUGCUUUAACUUAUUGAGGGCCUACCACGAGAUGUAUAGAACGGUAUUGGAACCGGCGUCGAGCCACGUGGAAGAGGAGGAGACCCAGCAACAGGAGUCCAAGGAGGAGGCGGAGAAGUUCGAGACGCACGUCGAGACGCCCGUCGCCCGGCAGGAGUCCCUCCCCCAGCAGGACCUCCUGAAGCGCAUCGAGGGCAUCGCCGGGCCCGACGUCCAGGAGCGGCCGUCAACGCCGGACGUCGCGGACACGCCCGAGCACGCGCGGAGCACGGCCAAGGCGUUUGGUGCGGAAGUGCACGCCACGAAGCUCGCGGAGACGUUGCAUACGUGUCAACUGCCAGUGAGUGUCGACGAAUUCUUCGCGCAUUUUUUGGCCGAUGGGUGUGGGUUUCCGCUCACAAAAUUUCAUGUCGACCAAGGUGAUUUGGAGGUCGCGUGCACGCCGUGGGCGUCGUCCGACGGGGAACACGACCGCGAGUUGAGAUUCCGGCGGCUCCUGAACAACCCGAUGGGCCCGAAGAGCGCGCGCACCACCAAAAUCCAACGGUGCCGGGCCUUCGGCCGCCACGGCCUCGUGCUGCACGGCGUGCUGUCCAUGGAGGACAUUCCGUACCGAGACUGCUUCGCGAUUCAUGAUCGGUGGGUCGUGACGCCGCGGGAUGACGGCGUCGACGUCGCGUUCGAGUUCGAGGUCAAGUGGAGCAAGUCCACGAUCUUCAAGCGGAAGAUCGAGAGCUCGUCGCGGAGCGACCUGCAGGCCUACUACGACGCCUACGCGGCGGCUGCGCGGGCGCACCUCGCCGCGGCGCCGUCGUCCGAAAGGUCGCCGCCGCCGCCGCCGCCGCCGCCGCCGCCGGCCCACCCAUCGUACCUGCCGUGGGCCGUCGCCGCGGGCUUCCUCUGGCUCUACCUCGCGCAGCGGUCGGCGAACGCGCGGCUGCUGCUGGAGGUCCAGGGCCUGCGGGAAGAUAUCAACCAGGUGCUGCGGAAGGACCACUGAGCGGGCUCAUAAUAUUUG